AUGUGUUUCUUCGAUCAAUACAAGUACGCUUGCGGACACUUCAAAUGGGGUCGAUUCAAACAGCAUUGCAGCAAAGAGUAUCGUGUCGGUGAAACUUGCGGUUGUAAAAUUGUGAUGUCUAGAUUUCCUUUGGAUUCAAAUUGCAGGGCGUGUGAUAAGAGUAACUCACAGCUUCGCCGGCGCGAAGCGGAAAGGCAGCGAAUCACGCAAUGGCAAAAAGAAAGGGACUCAAUCGGAGUUGACAAUUUCAUCAGCUCGCCUAUGACGUCUAUGAUCAGUGUUGAUAGUGGAGAUGGAACGAUGUCGCAAGUUCCACAGCAUCCCGGGAAUGCAUUUGCGAUGAGACCGUAUUUCCAGGAGGGGAUUCUCCUGUCAAGCACGAAAACAGCCCAGAUUCGAUCAGAUAGGUAUCUUGCUGCUUCCAGAGAGGUGCCUCAUGACCUAGGGGUUCCUUGCAAAAGCCCAUAUUUGCACAAUGUCAACGAUGUCGCCCAAUCUAUUGCCACUACAGAUACUUGCCAUCGAGAGGUUGCUGGCAGUUCGGUCGUCCAGGGCGAUCUAAACAGUGACAGUCAUCCGCCGACUACACAGCCAUUCGCAGCGCCUGGAGCAUCAUUAAAAGAUGUCCCAAAACUUCAAGAGAAAGCAAAAAGUGGCUUGACUGAUGCAUUCAUCAUCGAUGGACAGCGUGGUGAGGGGGGUACGCAAUCGCGGUAUAGAGACGGACCAGAUGAAGAGAUAGUCAUCUGUGGGUCAGGAAAUAUUCAAGGAGCGAAUGAGGAGAAGAGCAGAUCGAGAGAUGAAGGAGAGCAAGUUGACGGAGUCAUUAUCGCCAACCAGCCAGGCGAAGGGCGGACGCUCGAGGUAGAGAUCACAUAUGAUAAUGUUGAUACUCAGGCAAAAAAGAGAGCGAGAUUUGGAGGGAUGCGAAACGAGAUGAUUGAUGAUGAAGGUAGUAAAAGGGAAGAGGAGGUGCCUGGAUUCAGCGACACAUGGCAAGAGUACCACUGUCAAGAGGAGGACAGCUUCUUGUCGCCCGGGUCGGACGACAUUGCCUUUGAAGAUACGCAGACCUCUAUUAAACCAACACGGUUCGAAAGAAAUACAUCUACGAAGGGCUUUCUUGCACCGUCCAAUCUUGAGUAUCCUGACGUUGCAGACAUAGACCGGUUUCUAAAGGAGGGAGGCACAUUGGGCUCUCUUCACGUCUCCUCACCCUCAGAUUCUGCGGUUAAUCUCUGCCAGACGGAUCCAUCUGAUGAGACUGGAAAAGACUCACAGUCGUCGCAUAAUCCUAUUGAUUGCCUUGAGAGGGUGAAGCAUACACUCUUAGUUACACUAAUGAGUGAUUUCUAUGAGAUGCUUAACAGCAAAUCAACGUCUUUCGAGUGCACUGAUGGAACGGGCAAAGGAAAACAGACCAAAAAAGCGCCGGUACAGAUACAAAGCUCGAUUGGGAAACAGCAACAGUAUCAAGGACAAAAAGACGGGAAAAAGCGUUGGAUGGACCGUGGACCGCCGAACGGUGACGAUGAAGACGAUAACGAUAGCGACAACGAGCCACCAACUUCACGUCAAGGCCGAAAGAUCCCGCGAUACUCAAACCCUCUCGCGUGCCCUUUUCAUAAAUUCAAUCGCGCGAAAUACUCCAUCAAUAAUGACACAGGCGGAUUGUAUCGGGCCUGUGCAGGACCUGGCUUCCAAAAGAUCUCUGAAGUCAAACAGCAUCUUCGAAGGAAACAUCAAUCGAUCCAAUGCCAUCGUUGCUGGACCGUCAUGGGAAGCUCAGACGAACUUACCACCCAUGCAUCAGCUGCAGAGGCAUGCCAGGUACAAAUACCGCAGCCAGAAGGCGUAGACGCAGUAAAGAUGAAUCAAAUUGGCUCUUGGGGUGUGUCUUGGGAAAAGAUCUUUGAGAUUAUCUUCCCUGGCUGUCCAAUCCCAAAUUUUGAACCAGAUCUACCACAAGAAGAAAGAUCAACCAACACUACCUCAGCAUUAUCACCAGGAUCCCAAGAAUUACUCGAAUUUGAAGCCUACAAUCGAACAGCGCUACCGCUUUUGGUAGAAGCUAAUCUUCGAACAGUCAUUGACUCACAGCUAAAGCCAAUAGAAGAAGACCUGAAAGCCGCCUUGACGGACAUCGUACGCAGAUGCCAGACAAUGGUCGCCGAUAACUUCCAAGUCAUGAAAAAUAAAAGCUCUGACGCAACCAUUGCUUCCGCAAGUCCGGACCUGAGAAGGGACAGCUCAAACCCCUUUGACGUCCAUAGCAAUAUUGGCAAAUCAUCUCGACCAUCAAAUUUCUCACAUCCACCGACUGCGUUCUAUCAAGAACCACAGCUUCUCGAUCCAGAAGCUGCGAAUUUUAUGCCGAUCAACGCAGCCCAAAACGUAUAUAACGCUGAGAAUGUAGACUCGGGCUAUGGCAGCCUGACUCGAAAUUGCUUAUGUAUAUGCCAUGAUCUUAUGGAAUCAACUGUAGCUGCUCUUUCCAUGACAGCAAGCCAAGCGGCUCCCAGUCCAGAUUCGCUCCAAUUGAAGCUCUCAAUCAAUGUCCCAGAGCCUGUGCCAGAAUCGGAGAAAGAACCAGUGCAAGUCCUGCUAGUCUUUGUGGGGAACCACCCUGCGUUAUUAGGCAAUUGGUACUCGAUCAAUGCCACUCUCGACGGUAAAGAAUUCAUCAUCCCUGAGCCGGAAAACAGCAUGCCCAUCUGGUCGGUAUCCCAGUAUUAUUACGGCAAUUGCACGUUGUACACCAUCGAGGGGUUGAAAUUCAACAUGAUAAAUUAUGGCGAAAAGAUCCCUGUUACUAUACAUGUGAAUCCUGCUACUCCGUUCGCACGAGGAAGCUGCACUUAUCCUGCUUUUGGACCUGAAAGCAGCGGAGCCCAGCCUGGAUUGUAG